GUUGAUGGGUAUUCCCCUUACUAUUGUGACAAAAUACGAAAGUUUGUUUUGUUAUUAAAGACAUAAUGGAAAUAUUUGGGGUUUUCCGGGCUGUAAAAUACGGUAAAUAAAUCUUUCGUAUCAUUAAAACCGCAUAGUUUUUGUUUCAUUUUUUGGGCAUAUCGCCAACUCUGAGCAUAUGCUGCCUUGAAUUACGAACGAGAUGGAUUUAGUGCCCGGCAAAACGAAAGUUCGUAAGCAAGCUUCGGUUUGCAAGAAUCACACAGUUGAUGUGUUUUCUAGCAGACCACAAACAAAACAAGUGAAGUUUCCUCAAAUUGAGAAAAAUGGAGCAAACGGGAAACCUGAGAUGACUUUGGAUCCAACCCGAUUAAGUUCAGCGAGUAAACUACUCACGAAGAAACAACAAUGUGCUUUCUUCGAAGCGUUUGAAUUUUUUGAUCAUCGUCGAAACGGUCGAAUCAGCAGUGAGGAAUUCGUUGAAACGCUUCGUCGAGUAGGAGUUCCCGUCAACGAGAAAGUGGUUUAUGACCUCAUAGUUGCUCAGGAUGAGAAUGGAAAUGGAGAAAUGGAUUUUGAGGAAUAUUUGAACUUUAUGACGAAUGAAGAUAUUUUUAUGUCACUUAUCGGUGGGAACCAGGAACCUGGAAAACCUGAUGAUAAAGAUGUUCUCAUGUAUCAGGUGAUGUCUAAGUUCAUCAAACGUAGCGAACUCUCUGAAUCACAAAGGAUGGAAAUUGUUGGAUAUUAUACAAGGAAGUUGAGAAAAGCUGCCAAGAAGCAUAUCCUCAUGCACGCUGCCCAUGUCGUGCAUCAUUAUGCUAAUGGUGCUAGAUCACUUGGUUUGACAGAGAAAGAGAUUUUUAAUCAGAUCGAAACAAUUAAGCAACUCGCACAAAAUGAAGGAGAUGAGAAAAAGAAGAACAGUCCGUACGCUCAUCCUAUUCAACUUAUUUUGACACCAAUAUCCAUCACAAAGUCAAAUCGAAACAAGUUAACACAGCCUGGUUGGAACACACCACAGAUAUCAGCUUAUGGUGUUCGGCUGCCUAGGAUUAAUGUAUCAGAAUCAAAAACCUUUGAAAACGUUCACGAUAUUCGGAAAAAAGUAGAAACUGUUAAGGAGGAUUAUUACUGGGAUCUCUCAAAAGCUCAGCGUAAAAACUUUAAUUCUUUGUUAAAAGACCUUCAUAUUCGAAACAUACCAACAAACAGACUUCAAACUAUGAUGAAAGGAAUAUUUGAUGUUUAUACUGCAAGUAGAUUAACUGGUUGCCGAGGAAGACAUGGUGUUACAGCGAAAACCAAUUCCGGAAAAAAGGAUUUUUACAGCAGUCGUAGUCACCUUAAAGCUCCACAUAACAGCACUACCCAAUCCUCCAAACCAAGAUUUGUCAGCGCUGGCAUUUAACUUGUUCCAAAAAUAUUUUCAUUUUUAUUUAUUUUUUUUUUUUUUUCAUAAAAUAAAUCGAAUAAAAUCGCCGGGGAGUAAAAC